AUGACACGCGCAACGAGAAGCGGCGCUCCGGGCAGCGGUAUCGACGAAGACACAAAGAUGGCGCCGCCGGCGACGGGGAUCCAGAAGAUGCCAGGCAGUAUCGCAGAGCUCGCCCACGCUACCGGGAUGGGAGUGGAUCCAAACCAAGACCCCAUCGCCGCGCUCAAGGCGGCCAACUACAAGGGCAAGGGCCUCAUGGACCCCAUCAAGGCCGUCGAGGACAAGUGGCAGCUCCUCCCCGCCUACCUCCAGGUCAAAGGACUCGUCAAGCAGCACAUCGACUCGUACAACUACUUUGUCGACGUCGACCUCAAGAACAUCAUCAAGGCCAACGAGAAGAUCACCUCCGACAUCGACCCCAAGUUCUACCUCAAGUACACCGACAUCGUCGUGGGUGAACCGCAGCGAAACGAUCCCGACGCCAUCGACCGGUCCAUCACGCCGCACGAGUGCCGGCUGCGCGACAUCACCUACAGCGCCCACAUCUUUGUCAACAUCGAGUACACCCGCGGCGGCAAGAUUGUGCGCAGGAAGAACGUGCCCAUCGGGCGGAUACCCGUCAUGCUGCGCAGCAACAAGUGCGUGCUGGCCAACCGCACCGAAAAGGAGCUCGCCAAGAUGAACGAGUGCCCGCUCGACCCCGGCGGGUACUUUGUCGUCAAGGGCACCGAGAAGGUCAUCCUCGUCCAGGAGCAGCUCUCCAAGAACCGCAUCAUUGUCGAGAUCGACCCCAAGAAGAACGUCCAGGCCUCGGUGACCAGUUCGACGCACGAGCGCAAGUCAAAGUCCUACGUCCUCUCCAAGCACGGCAACAUCUACGUCAAGCACAACUCGCUCCACGAGGACAUCCCCAUCGCCAUCGCGCUCAAGGCCAUGGGCAUCCAAUCCGACCGCGAGAUCCUUCAGCUGGUGGCCGGCCAGGACGAGUCGUACCGCGAGCUCUUUGCGCCUAACCUCGAGGAGGCCGCCCGGCUCGGCGUCUUUACCCGGAAGCAGGCGCUCGACUAUAUCGGCGCGCGUGCAAAGUCGUCGCGCAAGCCGAUGUCGGUGCGCCGACCGCUGUCAGAGGACGCCAUCGAGGUGCUGGCGACCAUCAUCAUGGCCCACGUGCCCGUCGAGCGCCUCAACUUCCGGCCAAAGGCAAUCUACAUUGCCACCAUGGUGCGGAGGGUGCUGAUGUGCAUGCAGGACGAGAGCAUGGUCGACGACCGCGACUAUGUCGGCAACAAGCGCCUCGAGCUCGCCGGACAGCUCUUGUCGCUGCUCUUCGAGGACCUCUUCAAGAAGUUCAACACCGACCUCAAGAUGAACAUCGACAAGGUCCUCAAGAAGCCCAACCGUACGGCCGAGUUCGACGCCUACAACCAGUUCCACUUCAACGGCGACUACAUCACCUCGGGCUUUGUGCGCGCCAUCUCGACGGGCAACUGGAGCCUCAAGCGUUUCAAGAUGGAGCGCGCCGGCAUCACCCACGUCCUGAGUCGGCUGAGCUACAUCGCCGCCCUCGGCAUGAUGACGCGGAUCAGCUCGCAGUUCGAAAAGACGAGAAAGGUGUCGGGUCCGCGAGCGCUGCAACCGAGUCAGUGGGGCAUGCUCUGCCCCUCGGACACGCCAGAGGGAGAGGCGUGCGGCCUGGUCAAGAACCUGGCGCUCAUGACCCACAUUACCACCGACGUCGAGGAGGAGCCCAUCAUCAAGAUGGCGUUCACGCUCGGCGUCGAGGACAUCAACCUCGUCACCGGCGCCGAGCUCUACCGCCCGGACUCGUACAUCGUCUACAUCAAUGGCAACGUGCUCGGCGUCACCCGCUUCCCCGUCCGCUUCGUCAACAACUUCCGCAAGCUGCGCCGCGCUGGCCGCAUCUCGGAGUUUGUCAGCAUCUACACAAACACCCACCACCAGACGGUCCACAUCGCCUCGGACGGCGGUCGCAUCUGCCGUCCCAUGAUCAUCGUCGAGAACAACCGGCCACGGGUCACCGACCACCACAUCCGCGAGCUCAAGGCCGGCGCACGCUGCUUUGACGACUUCCUCACCGCCGGGCUGAUCGAGUACCUCGACGUCAACGAGGAAAACGACUCGUACAUUGCGCUCUACGAGAACGAGAUCAUCCCGCAGACGACGCACCUCGAGAUCGAGCCGUUCACCAUCCUUGGCGCCGUCGCCGGCCUGAUCCCCUACCCGCACCACAAUCAGUCUCCGAGGAACACCUACCAAUGCGCGAUGGGUAAGCAGGCCAUCGGCGCCAUCGCCUACAACCAGCUCAACCGGAUCGACACGCUGCUGUACCUCAUGGUCUACCCUCAGCAGCCGAUGGUGAAGACCAAGACGAUUGAGCUGAUCGGGUACGACAAGCUGCCUGCGGGGCAGAACGCCAUGGUGGCGGUGAUGAGCUAUUCGGGCUACGAUAUCGAGGACGCCCUCAUCCUCAACAAGGCCUCGCUCGACCGCGGCUUCGGGCGGUGCCAGGUGAUGAAAAAGUCGUCGACCGUGAUCCGCAAGUACCCCAACGGCACGCACGACCGGCUGGCCGAUGCGCCCGUCGACGAGAACGGCAAGAAGCAGAAGCGCUACGAGAUUCUCCAGGCCGACGGCAUCGCUGGUGUGGGCGAGCGCGUGGACCAGGGCGACGUCUACGUCAACAAGCAGACGCCCGUCAACGCCAACGACAACUCGUCGGCCGCCAUGUCGCAGAAUGCGGCGGCGGUGCAGUACAAGAGCGCGCCGCUGUCGUACAAGACGCCAGUAUUCGGCUACAUUGACCAGGUGCUCAUCACGGACACGGACUCGGACCAGACGCUGAUCAAGGCUCUGAUCCGGCAGACGCGCCGGCCGGAGCUGGGAGACAAGUUCUCAUCGCGGCACGGGCAGAAGGGCGUCUGCGGCCUGAUCGUGCAGCAGGAAGACAUGCCCUUCACCGACCGCGGCGUCAAUCCGGACGUCAUCAUGAACCCGCACGGCUUCCCCUCGCGCAUGACGGUGGGCAAGAUGAUUGAGCUCCUUUCCGGCAAGGCUGGCGUCAUCACCGGCACGCUCCAGUACGGCACCGCGUUCGGAGGAUCAAAGGUCGACGACAUGUCGAGGCUCCUCAUCGAAAACGGCUACAACUACGCCGGCAAGGAGACGCUGACCAGCGGAAUCACUGGUCAGCCGCUCGAGUGCUACACCUACACCGGCCCCAUCUACUAUCAGAAGCUCAAGCACAUGGUCAUGGACAAGAUGCACGCCCGAGCCCGUGGACCCAGGGCGGUCCUCACCCGCCAGCCCACCGAGGGACGGUCGCGCGACGGCGGUCUGCGUCUCGGCGAGAUGGAGCGUGACUGCCUCAUCGGCUACGGCGCCACCCAGCUGCUCCUCGAGCGCCUCAUGAUCAGCUCCGACGCCUUCAUCGUGCACGCGUGCCAGCGCUGCGGCAUGCUCGGGUACAACGGCUACUGCUCGUAUUGCAAGUCGUCCAAGGACGUCGUCAAGCUCACCAUCCCCUACGCCACCAAGCUCCUCUUCCAGGAACUCAUGGCCAUGCAGGUCGUUCCCCGUCUCGUCCUCGAGGACGCCGUCUGA